AUGCAGAUUACGGUGAUGUGCAAAGGAAUCACACUUGAGUUCAAAUCUCAAAUAAGACUUUAUUUGAAUCAAAAUGACUUUCCGUAUACAAUGCGCUGGAGAUUCAAAGAAACUCAUACUUUAGAGCAAAGAAAACAGGAGUCGACAGAAAUGAGGAUUAAAUACAAGGAUCGCAUUCCAGUAAUCAUAGAAAAGUUGCCGCAUUCAAACAUAACUGAGCUUGAUAAGCACAAAUUCCUUGUGCCCCACGAUCUCACUGUCUCUCAAUUCCAGUGGACUAUCAGAAAGAGGUGUCAAUUCUCGGCCUCGAAAGCCAUCUUUCUGUUCGUUGGCCGCACUCUACCGCAGGCCUGGUAUCCAAUCUACUUUGUGUUCUUUGCUCUCAUGGGUGAGAUAUAUCAACAGCAUAUGGAUGAGGACGGCUUCCUCUACAUUGCCUACAGUGGAGAAAACACUUUCGGCAACUGAUCACACCAUCAAUACUAUGAUAAUGAUUAUAAUUUUCAUUUCCUUUUGCAAGGCCAUGAAAAGAAUUCAUUUCAAAACAAAUUAUUUAUUAAUACUUUUUUGAGAAAAUUUUUUACAAAGAAUAAAAUAUAACACAUUUUAUAACCUCCAC